AUGCUGCUAGGAAGCCAGGGGUCCGUCGCUCGUAGCACUCACUUAUUAGCGAGGGCCGAGGGGUGUGAAGGAAGAACAACAACAGGUGAACGGCGAGCAGAUACAGACACCAUCUCGUUCUGCUCUUGGAGCAACAUGUCGAGUCCUCAGGAAAUCCAGCUCCAGGUCAGAGGUAGUGUCCCGGAGCAAGAAGAAUCGGGCCAUGGCGAGAACGGCGCGGGGCCGAAGGCCGCCGAGCGACGACGGCCGGGGACACGCGGCGUCAGGUGGUGGCUGAUGGUGCUGCUGGACAUGCUCGUGGUGCUCUGCGGGCAGACCGUGGCCACCCUGCUGGGCCGUUACUACUACAACUCCGGCGGCAACAGCAAGUGGAUGGCCACGCUCACGCAGUCCGGCGGCUCGCCCCUGCUCGCCAUCCUCCUCCUCCUCACGCCGCGCGACCCCGUCGGCGAGCCCCGGCCGGCGGCGGCCAAGAUGGUGCCCAUCUACCUCGGGCUGGGCACCCUCAUCGGCUUCGACAACCUCAUGUACUCGUACGCGCUGCAGUACCUGCCGGUGUCCACCUUCGCGCUGGUGGCCGCCACGCAGCUGGCCUUCAACUCCGUCACCUCCCGCCUCAUCAACGCGCAGCGCUUCACGGCGCUCAUCGCCAACUCCGUGGUGGUGCUCACCUUCUCGGCCGCGCUGCUCGGCGUCGGCUCCUCCUCCGACGGCACCUCCGCCGCCGACCUGCCGCGCGGCAAGUACACGCUGGGCUUCAUCCUGACGCUGUCUGCCUCCGCCGUGUUCGCGCUCAUCCUGUCCCUCUUCGAGGUCACCUUCGAGAAGGCGGUCCGGGGGAGGACGCUCCGGUGGGUGCUGCGGGUGCAGAUGUGCACCAACUUCGUGGCGGCGACGGUGGCGGUGUGCGGGCUGCUGGCGUCGGGGGAGUGGCGGACGAUCCCGGGGGAGAUGGCGGCGUUCGAGGACGGGAGGGCGAGGUACGUGGCAACGCUGGUGGGGACGGCCGUGUCGUGGCAGGCCAUGUCGGUGGCGACGCUGCGGCUGAUCACGAGGGUGUCGUCGCUGUUCGCCAACGUGACGGGCACCGUGUCGUUGCCGCUGGUGCCGGUGUUCGCCGUGGUGCUGUUCGGGGACCGGAUGACGGGGAUCAAGGCCGUCGCCAUGCUCAUGGCCGUCUGGGGGUUCCUCUCCUACGUCUACCAGCACUACCUCGACGGCCGGCGCGCCGCGGCCAUGGGGGGUCAAGGUGGAGCGGCAGAGUGCUGCGUCUGCAAGGCGCGCGCGGGCGGCGAGGCCGCUUUGCCCGCCUGA